AUGAACGCCACGCUGUCCUUACUCCUGCUGCUUUUCAAGGCGUCGUUGCUGGCGCUCGGAGCUUCCCUCAGCCCCGCCCUGGACCCGCGCUGCCCCGCCAAAACUUCCAUCUCGGGGGCUAAUGAAGUGGCGACCAUUACCACUGUACAAGAUGGGUGGGACUCCAGAGAAGCAGUCUUGUACGUGCACCCUGAUCUAGGAUUCAAGGGCGUCUUGAUCGAGGUGGCGGGCGAUGGCUGGACUGUAACCGUCAGCUUCACGAUGGAUAACACUUGCUUCCCUCAGCACGACGGAGUGUGGUGGUGGUUGAUGGCAGGUGUACUGAGAAAGAUGAAGAAAAACAAUGCUCUUGAUAUUUAUGGAGCGAUUGGUGAUUGUAAACUUCAUUGUCCCCUUAAUUACUCCGUCCCUGGUGACCUGAGUCUUAAUAUUGAGGCUCUCGGGCCCUCAAGGUUGAGAUUUACUGACCCAGACUCAUGCACUACUAUAAAAAAUCCAUCAGGAGACUACAUAACGGUAAACUGCACCAAGCCUCCAGAGCCGAAGACCCCUACCACCAACAACAACACCUAUACCACCACCACCACCCCCACCAGCACCACCACCACCACCACCAGCAACAACAACAACAACAACAACAAUACCACCACCACCACCCCCACCAGCACCACCACCACCAACACCAACACCAACAACAACAACAACAACAACAACAACAACAAUACCACCACCACCAACAACAACAAUAACAACAAUACCACCACCAAUACACCCAUCACCACCAUCACCACCACCACCACGACCCUCAGCCCCGCCCUGGACCAGCGCUGCCCCGCCGAUACUACCAUCUCGUUGGCUAAGGAAUGGGUGAACACUACCACCGUGCAAACUUGGGGGCAUGUCCACCAAAAAGUCUUGUACGUGCAUCCCGAUCCAAACUUCAAGGGCGUCAGACUCGUGGCGACGGGCGAUGGCUGGCGGCGCGCUGCCUGGUUCACGCUGGACAACACUUGCUUCCCUCAAGACGCAGACUGGUGGCAGUUGUGGAUAAAUGUAGAGCGAAAGUGGAGGAACGUUAAUCCCUUUCUUACGUUUAAAUUAAUGGCUGGUAAGUGUAGUUUCCAGUGCUAUGGUGAAGGCCACUUCACUGGUGACAUGAAUGUUAAUAUUGAGGCUCAGGGGCCCUCAAGGUGGAGAUUAGAGGACCCGGAGCCAUGUAGUGUGGUAAACAACGUACAACAACGUUUCUCAACGAUAGAAUGUGCCGAGCCUCGAGUCCCGAAGAUUAUCACCAUCACCUCCACCACCUCCAAAACCACCACCAGCCCCAAAAUGACGGGGGCAGUCACGGCGGUGGUUGUCUUGGUGGUAAUAAUUGUUCUUGUUGGUGGUGUUAGUGUGGUGGUCGUGGCAAAGAGGCGUAUUCGGCAGGGAAGGCUCCGCGUGAAGUCGUGGAACUGGCUGGCCGCCUGCUGGGGCGUUGGCGGCCAGGUUGUGGACGGCGACAACCACAAGGAGACGCCCAUGGUCCCCAAGGUGCUCCCGCACAUGCGGCCGUGGCGCGGGCUGGCCGCCUCUUCGGCCAACAGGGGAGAGGCUGCGGACAUCAACCAAGUGAAGCCACCCAUUGUCCCCACAGUGCAUCCGCGCGUACCGCCGCGGCGCGGGCUUGCCGCCUCCUGGGCCGUCAGGGGAGAGGCUGCAGACGACAACAACCACGCAGCACCACCCAGGGUCGAGAUAGCCGCGCCUGCAUCCUAUCACCACCAGUCCAAGAAUGUAGACGACGAUGAUGAUGAUUACCUAACUCCGAGGCGCGCCCCCCCGGGCACACCCUCAGGGGUCACGGAGGGCGAGGAGCCCAUCUACGAGGAGAUAGCCACGCCUGCAUUCUCCCGCCAGUCCAAGAAUGUAGACGACGAUGAUGAUGAUUACCUAACUCCGAGGCGCGCCCCCCAGGGCACAACCUCAUGGGUCACGAAAGAAGAGGAGCCCAUCUACGACGAGUUAUAUGUGCCCGCACACUACCGCCAGUAGGAGGAUUCAGGGCUCGGUGAUGGAGGAGGGUUUCUCCUCGCCGUGUGUACAGGAAUGCGACGGCAAAGCGAGGGCAUUUAGGCGCCCGGCGAUGUGUGCGCCAUUCAGUGAUUCACCGAAGCCCACGUAUCGGCUGUGUCCGCUUCCUCUUGGGCCGAAAACAGAUUUAUAAAUAAUAGAUAUUGAAACUUGGUAACCAGAAACAGUCUUUCAUACGAGAGUGUGCUGUGUUCACAAAGGCCAAGCCCCACCCUCAGACACGGGGCGCGAUCACAGAUACCACAGACUACGGAAAACACCGAUACAGACAGACUGUGUAAACAAACACGGACACAGACAGAGUGUGUGAACAAACACAGACUAUGUUAACAAACACGGACACACACAGACUGUGUGAACAAACACGGACACACACAGAGUGUAUGAACAAACACAGACUAUGUUAACAAACAUGGACACACACAGUGCAUGAACAAACGCAGACUGUGUUAACAAACACGGAAACACACAGACUGUGUGAACAAACAGGAACACACACAGAGUGCAUGAACAAACGCAGACUGUGUUAACAAACACGGACACACACAGACUGUGUGAACAAACAUGGACACAUACAGAGUGCAUAAACAAACGCAGACUGUGUUAACAAACACGGACACACACAGAGUGUAUGAAUUCAGUGUGUAUGUGUGUGUGUGUGUGUGUGUGUGUGUGUGUGUGUGUGUGUGUGUGUGUGUGUGUGUGUGUGUGUGGGGGGGGGGGGGGGCACAGAGGAGCGGCCCGGGGAUGUUGGCCGCGAGCUACGCCUGGACGUGCGGGAGAACCGGUCGUACAAAGUCGGUACUUUUAUUGACGGAUGGAAUCCACCGUUUUUUGAGACUCACAAAAUUGUAAGUUACGUUCACUUUCCUGGAAUAUUAAUGGUGUUCAUAAUCAAUAAGAGAAAAUGUAUUUCACUUCUCUGCGAUUUUGAUGUUAACUGCAUAGCGGAGGUUAGAAAGCCCCUAGACGUAUAUUUUCAGAGCUAUGUUGCCAUAAAAGUGUGAGUGCUGAGGAUGCGCACCAAGGCGAAACGGUUGUGUCCGUCAGGCGCCACCUGAGUCAGUGCAUAGUUCAUGUGGACGCUUCUCUGAUCAGGUGUGGCUGCCGUUCAGCUUUAUGCCAGUUGUAAUGUUUGCUUUUGUUGUGUAUUUACCUAGUUGUAUUUACCAAGUUGUAGUUUUAUAAGGCCUGGGCUUUACGCUCGUGUGGUCCCGUCUCCGUAACUGCAUUUAUCCAACUUUUCCUUAAAGCUUUGCACACUCCUCGCCGAUACUACAUCCUCACUUAGUCUGUUCCAAACCUCUUUAUUUCUUUGCGGGAAGCUAUAUUUCUUUGUCUCUCAAGCAUCUUCCCUUCCUCAAUUUUUUACUAUGUCCUCUUGUGUUCCUGGUGGUAAUUCCUUCUGUUAGUAGUAACUCCUCGUUAUCUGCUUCUCCCAUUUUGCUCAAUAAUUUAUAGAUUUGAAUUAGGUCUCCCCUUCCUCUUCUUUGUUCUAGUGUUGGUAAGUCUUUCCUCAUAUGUCAGUCCCUCCAGCUCUGGAACCAUUUUUGUUGCCAUCUUUUGUAUUCUUUCAAGUUUCUUUAUGUGUUUCUUCUUAUAAGGAGACCACACUGCCUCCGCAUAUUCCAUUUUUUGUCUGAUCAUAGUGGUAAUUAAUUGUUUUAUCAUAUCCAUAUUUUAUUUUUUAUCAAUGUAAUGGAAUGCUAUUCCUAUAAUUCUCACCAUGUUAUAUGCAUCACCGAAUAUCCGAUUAGCAUGUUUGUGUGUGAGUGUGUGUGUGUGUGUGUGUGUGUGUGUGUGUGUGUGUGUGUGUGUGUGUGUGUGUGUGUGUGUGUGUGUGUGUGUGUGUGUGUGUGUGUGUGUGUGUGUGUGUGUGUGUGUGUGUGUGUGUGUGUGUGUGUGUGUGUGUGUGAGAGAGAGAGAGAGAGAGAGAGUAAUUUCCUGGCAUUUAUUUCAUAUGUUUUAACUUGUUUAGGCUUUACCUCUUCAAAUGCUAUUGCUGUUUCACGUUGUCUCGUGUUUUUCGUUGCAUGGCUCUUUUAUGUGCCUUGUGUGUUUCAGACGCAGUGUGUGUGUGGGAGUUGAGGAGAUGACGCAGGUGUGUGAGCUUCGGUGUUCCUGUUAUGUUUUGCGUUUGAUGUGUUUGCGUGUUUAGAUUUUAUUCCAUCGUUUGUUUCUGGCGUUAUUCAUAUUGGACCACAUGGUGUGUUACUGUUUUAUAAUAAUAUACUGAAUGUUAAACAUAGGAAUAUACAUAGGAAGAACGGACACCAAAAGACCUGGUGGUCUAUGGCGAGGGUGUCUGUUUACUACCGCUACUACUAGUAAUCUACGUGUGAUAGGACAGGAUAGAAUAGAUGAAGGCUCUUCAAUAAAUUUAUCUAUUUAUCUGUGUGUGUGUGUGUGUGUGUGUGUGUGUGUGUGUGUGUGUGUGUGUGUGCGCGCGCGCGCGUGUGUGUGUCUGUGUCUGUGUGUGUGUGUGUGUCUGUGUGUGUGUGUGUGUGUGUGUGUGAUCACAUCCGGUGGUCCUCCGCCUCGCCUGAUCCGCCUCGCCGGUGUUCUUGGACGGCCGUCACAACGAUCUCUCUCAUCUGCUCCUUGCUGCUGCUUGACGCUCUGUGCCGCAUACUUGUGCGCGUGCUGUAUUAUAUAAAUAAACAGGCUUUGUUGUCCCAUUCCCUAAAGGUACAAGUUAGUGGAGUUUGCCCGUCACCAGUGUGUUCUUCUAUAGCCACAAGUUGCUGUGUUUGUUAACUUUACCAAUAAAAGAUCAAGAAGUGUU